AUGCCCAGGGCGUCCAAGCUUCGAAAUGCAGGCACCACGACCUCGUUCUUGCCCGAGUUUUCACUGAUCACGGUAAACACAUCACAAGUCGGCCAAGGUCUCCUCAACAGCAGCUAUGUGAACAGCCACCCUGAACUGGCCGCCAUCCUGGACGCAAUCCCCGACUUCCUACAAGACGACGCGGAGGACCUGCUGAACAUGGUGCUCCAGCGGCUUGGCAUCCACGACUUCUACACGGCCAACCUCAUGACAUACUGCGAGGGCUACUACGAGCCAACCGCGAUUCCGAACGCGACCGUCUCCCGUAGUGAGAUCACUCGCAACUUCACAUACUGCAGCCCUCGGAGCGGCAACUUCCAGUUCGACCCCCGCGAGGCCAUCCAGCGCGAUCUCAACGCCUCGGGAAAUGGCUGGCUCGACGUCUCGGACCUGAACUGGCCGGACGAGAUCGACCGCGGUGUCGACGCGAUCCACAUCGUGCAGCGCGUGGCCUUCAUCAUCUACUGCGUCUCGAUCGGGCUGAUCGGGCUCGCGACGCUCGUUUCCGUCACCUCAGUGGUCCUCUCGGGCCGCCUGUCCGCCUGCGGGAACAUCGUCCUCGCAUUACUAGCCUUCCUGGUGGUCGCGAUCGCCAGUGCCCUCGCAACGGCGAUCGCCGUGAUCGGCUCCCGAGCAAUCGACAACUACGCCGAGCAGGUGGGCAUCACGGCGUCGGCUGGGAGGAGGUUUCUGGGCUUGACGUGGGGCGCCACGGCGGCCAUGCUGGUCUGCGUGAUCUGGUGGUCCGUCGACUGCUGUGUCGGCCGUCGCGGGCGGAGGAAGAGAUUCUCGCGCGGCGAGAAGUAUAGCAUGUGGGACAAGUGA